GGGGCGGAGGCACGGGUCAGCAGUCAGGUGUCCUAUUCGGGCCGAGUGCGGGCGGGCGCAUUCCCGCCGCAGAAAAUCAAAGAGCGGGGGCGCCCUCGAAUCGGCACGGCAGGCGCCUGCUUCGCGGAAGCUCGCCGACGCCGGCUCCCCAGCAGCCACAGGUCUCUGGAGUUCCGCGGGCUGCCCUCCGGGCCUCCCGCGGGAGCCACAGGCGUCCGGGUCCUCUCGGGUCUGUGCGUCCGAACCCCAGCACCGCGCGGCGAAUUUUGGGGGCGCAGGCCGGAAGCGCCGUCCGGGCCCGCCCGCUGCCCGCCGGAGCCGGAAGUUGCGACCGCGGCUCUUCCGUCGCCCCCCGCGGGCCGCCCCGCACCAUGCUCCGUGGCCCUCAGCGCCUCCUCAACGUCUCCGUGGCGCCGGUCGCGGCCCUGGCUGUGACGCUGCUCUCGUCGUUCUCGCGCUGUUCCCUCCUGGAGUCGGACGACCCCGCGGUCUCGGCGCUCAGCCCCUAUUUCGGCACCAAGACCCGGUACGAGGAUGCCAACCCCGGGUUGCUGCCGGACCCAGAGGCGCCGCAGCGGGACCCCGAGCUGCUGGAGGACGCCUGCACGCCGGUGCAGCUGGUCGCCCUCAUCCGCCACGGCACCCGCUACCCCACGGCCAAGCAGAUCCGCAAACUGCGGCAGCUGCACGGCCUGCUGCAGGCCCGCCGCUCCGGCGACGGCCGCGCUGACCCCGCCGACGGCCGCGACCUGGGCGCCGCGCUGGCUGACUGGCCGCUGUGGUACGCGGACUGGAUGGACGGGCAGCUGGUGGAGAAGGGGCGGCAGGACAUGCGACAGCUGGCGCUGCGCCUGGCCUCCCUCUUCCCGACCCUGUUCAGCCUCGAGAACUACGGCCGUCUGCAACUCGUCACCAGCUCCAAACACCGCUGCGUGGACAGCGGCGCCGCCUUCCUGCAGGGGCUGUGGGAGCACUACCACCCCGGCUUGCCGCCCCCCGACGUCGCAGAUAUGGAGUGUGGACCUCCAAGAAUUAAUGAUAAACUAAUGAGGUUCUUUGAUCAUUGUGAGAAGUUUUUAACUGAAGUGGAAAAGAAUGCUACAGCUCUUUAUCAUGUAGAAGCAUUCAAAACUGGGCCAGAAAUGCAGAAGAUUUUAAAAAAGGUUGCAGCUACUUUGCAAGUGCCAGUCAAGAAUUUAAAUGCAGAUUUAAUUCAGGUAGCUUUUUUUACCUGUUCAUUUGACCUGGCAAUUAAGGGUGUUAAAUCUCCUUGGUGUGAUGUUUUUGACAUAGAUGAUGCAAAGGUACUAGAAUAUUUAAAUGACCUGAAGCAAUAUUGGAAAAGAGGAUAUGGGUACACUAUUAACAGUCGGUCCAGCUGCACCUUGUUUCAGGAUAUCUUCCAGCACUUGGACAAAGCAAUUGAACAGAAGCAAAGGUCUCAGCCAGUUUCCUCCCCAGUCAUCCUGCAGUUUGGUCAUGCAGAGACCCUUCUUCCGCUGCUCUCCCUCAUGGGCUACUUCAAAGAUAAGGAGCCCCUGACAGCUUACAAUUACAAGGAACAAAUGCAUCGGAAGUUCCGAAGUGGCCACAUCGUGCCCUACGCCUCAAACCUCAUAUUUGUGCUUUACCACUGUAAAAACGCUACGACUCCUAAAGAGGCCUUCCGAGUGCAGCUGCUGUUGAAUGAAAAGGUGUUGCCGUUGGCCCACUCCCAGGAGACUGCUUCCCUCUAUGAGGAUCUGAAGGACCACUACAGGGACCUCCUCCAGAGCUGUCGUACCAGCGACGAGUGUGAGUUACCAAAGGUGAACAACACAUCCGAUGAGCUGUGAGUCACCGGACAAGAUUUUCCAUCAGUCGGGUGGUCCCAGGCUCGGAGCAGCCGGGCCGGCCACAGUCCCAGGGAGCUUUCCCAGUACUUUCACAGCAAGAUGUCGAGUCUCCUUUUGAAUCUGGACGGGCAUGUGUAAGCCGCGGCUCCUCACCGGGGCAGCUCUCUCAAAGUGGGGGAGCGUCUGCUGGAGGAAAUAGCUGAUGCUGUAGCUGUUGACGGAAAUUAGAAUAGCUCUCACAUUAACAUAGAACAGGAUUUCAGAGUGAUCCUGGGCAGUGCUGGGGUCACAGCGUCGGCCCCGUGGGUGAUCUGUAACUUGACGGCACGGAGCCGAGGAGCCUCACAGCUGCGCCGCCCUUGGCUUUCCCGCUGGUGGCACGGCUCUGCUACCUACCGUCUGUCUGCGGCGGAAGUCUCUCGGAGCCCCGGGAGCAUCACUCCAGAAGACAGUUAGCCUCCCUAGUUAAGGAUUUGAAAUAAUAUUAAGAAACAGAGUGUGAUUUUCAAUAGACACCUUCACCCAAGGAAGACAGAGUAUAAUAAAAUAGACAUUUUAUAAAGUAUUUGAACACUUUUUCAAUAAUUCCCCUUGACCUAGUGAGUCUUACGAGGCCAUUUUCUCAUCACUGUUUGCUGCUCUGCAUUUAUAACAGUGGAGGGACAAAGGGGACCAUUAGCUGCAAGACGGAAAGAAUCAAAGUUUCUUAAUAGGUGGCUUCGCAGUUUUUUUUCAUUCUGUCACUUUGCUGCUUUUUAUAUUUUGCUACUAUGUGAAAUGUAUCUUUUGGGUAUUUAUUGCUUUUCUAUUCUCUCCCUCCCCCCACCCCCAAUAAAGACUUCAUCCUGGCUGGCUUGGUUUCAUGGAUCUGAACGCAUUUCUCAAAGAUACUUCUGGUUUUGUCAGAUGCUGUGAAAGUGUUUGCUAUAAUAAUAAAUAGAAUUCUUGUGACUUUAAUGUGAGGUCUUUUCUGCUGCUGUGUUGAUAAUACAGGCAGUAAUUGAUGGUAAAAAGUUGGGGUUUGACUAAAUCAGGCUGUAUAAGGCAAUUUUUUUCUAAUAGAAAUCUCAAGUAAAUUUCCACUUCUUUAAGAGAAAUGGAAAUUAAUUUUCUUAAAAUUCUAGAUUAGAAAUGUCACAACUGUAUACUGAAAUUAUAAAAGAAGAUGCAUAGACCAUCUGUUGAUGAUUGAUCCUCAAAUGAAUUAUGUUUAUGAAAUAGAUGAUUAGCUGGUAAAUACUGCUGAUUGUCCUGCAAAGGGCUGGUGUUUUCUUCUUUUUUUGUAAAUAGGCAGAGAAGAGAAUGAUACAACCAGCAUUCAUGUCCAUCAUCCUGUUUUUAGAUCCAAAUGAGAACAGGUCUUUUUUGUGUCCUGUGCCUCGAGGUAGCCAACAUAGAAUUCAGUAUGCCCACCACUCCACUGCUGCUUGACUCAUGGAAAUUUGCAGGGUUGUUGUGGGGACUCAGACGUCCUGUGAAAGGACAUACUGUACAUCUCAUGCUUGAAUGAGGGAUUUACUCUGCUGUUUUUUCCCUUGAAGACUUUUCUCGAUCCUGAUUAUUUGUCACAAAUUAAUAGUGUCAGUUCAUCAACACUUGAGUACUUUAUAUGUACGCACACUAGACUCAGUCUAUAGGCAUAUAAAAUAGAAUGGACCUAGUUCUUCCAAGGGGGCUCUCUAAUAAGCCCUUAAAAUACAUUUUCUUGGUGUCUGACACAUUGACUAAAUAAUUUUUGACUCCCAAACUUUCUCAUGAAAGGUUUAUGGAGUCAUUUAAUUUUAUUGUUAAAAGAACCAUAUAGUCAUCUUAACAGUCAGUAUUUCAGGCUGGAGAGGAAGUAUGGUCCAGUUUAGCUAGUGCUACAGAGAUUGUGUUAUCCUGGUGCUAUUAUUUCUAUUUAGGAUAUGCCUGAAAAUGAAGAAUUUUAUGGUAAAAACCAAUGGUCUUCUGCAGGAUGGGACAUAAAAAGUUGAACGUCAAAAAAUGAUCUUUGGCUAACAAGUUUAUUCGUAACAGGUGACCAUGUUACUCAACUAAGCCAAAAUUUACUGACUGCUGGUUCUGACAUUUUGUUCAAUUCAUAAACAGCCUAUGGACAUGAGCCAUUUUUCUGUCUAAUCUACAACUUGAUGUAUGCGUACAUUGUACUUACUGUUUUUUAUAGUCAUGUUAUCAUUUUGAGGUUUCUGCUCUCCAACCCAUAAUCAUUCACUUGAUACUAUUUUUGUAUAUAAUUUUGAUCAUAUCAUAAGUUUAAUACUGAAAGCAAAACUGAAGUUGUAUAGAAAAAAGAGCUGUUUUUUUCCCCAAGCACAAUCAACUUUCAUAUCUUCCCUUUGUCGCUUUCCUUUUAUAACCUGCAGAACUGAUGCAUGCCCUUAAAUAUCUGGGAGUCACACUACAACCAAACCAGAUGAUAUAAGUGUAAAUUUUCAGAAUAUAUUUCUCUAAGGUGCGUAUUUCAUGUGGUUCAUUAACGAUCCUUGGAAUUCAGGCUGUCUUCUGCCAAAUGGAGGCUGAAAAUAAAUAUUUGCGCUACCAUA